AUGUACGUGUGCUAUCGGGGCAGAGAAUUCACACUGGAGAAAACCUUACCUCUGCUCUCACUAGAUGAGAGCGGUGAUUCAUGUUGUGAUGGAGAAACGGCCUCUACAUCAAAACAGCGACUGACAGCACAAACUCUUUCCUGCAUCACCUGUGGAAAGACAUUCAGUUCACAGAGACGUUUAGAGACACAUGAGAGAAAACACACAGAACAGAAACUCUUCACCUGCACCAGAUGUGACAUCAGCUUUCCUACCUUACAAGAGAAGAAACUUCAUUCACAAGAGCACAGAGACAAGAAACUCUUUCACUGUCAGCAGUGUGGGAAGAACUUUUUCUCGUCUUCUAGUCUGAACGCUCACUUGAGGACACACACUGGAGAAAAACCUUUCCACUGCAGUGAAUGUGACAAAUAUUUCAGAACCAAAGGAAAUCUUGUUACUCAUCAGAGAAUUCACACGGGAGAAAAACCGUACGCGUGUCCUCACUGUGAUUGGAGAUUCAACCACAAAUCCCAUUUAAAUAAUCACAUGCGUGUCCACACCAGUGAGAGACCGUAUCAGUGCAGUGAAUGUGGAAAAACCUUUAAGAGUUCAGAUUCUUUAAAGUCACAUCAAAUAUCACACACUGAGGAGAAACCCUAUCAGUGUUCACACUGUGAUAAACGCUUCCGUCAGAAAUCUCAUCUGGUAACUCAUCAGAGAGUUCACACUGGAGAGAAACCUUACAUCUGCUCUGACUGUGGAAAGAGCUUUACUGAUCAUAGUACUUUUAAAGUUCAUCUGAAAAUUCACACUGGAGAGAAACCUCAUCACUGCAGACUUUGUGGGAAGAGUUUCAGUCGAUUUGACACUCUAGUACAACACCAGAGAGUUCACACUGGAGAAAGACCUCAUCACUGUAAUGUUUGUGGGAGAAGCUUCAGUCACAAAUACGUUUUAAUAAGACACCAGAGAAUUCAUUCUGGUGAAAGACUUUAUAAAUGUUCUCAGUGUGACAAGACUUUUGCUCGACCAGAUGUCCUGAAACUCCAUGAGAGAGUUCACACUGGAGAGAAACCUUAUCACUGCUCCAUCUGUGGAGAGAGAUUCACUCACUUUAGAACUUUUAAGACUCAUCAGAAGAAACAUGCUGAAGAACAAACUGCACUGGACUCAUCGUAGCAUCAUUUAACAUUUUUGUCAACAGCGUCUAUAAUCUUGGAAUAAUUUUGUUUAAUCGUACAGUUUUUCUAGGAUUCCUGUGAAAGGUUUAAUCAGUUUAAAUCGUUGCAUAAUCACCAUCAGUCAUUUAUAAAUGGAAAUGAAUCUGUAUUUAAUUAGUAACUUCUUUUCAUAUGUCAGUUUGUAGUUAAUGAUUUACAUGUGCAGCAGAUAUGUUCAUAGUAAGCAUUAUUAUUCAGGAGCAUUUUAACAGUAUUUUGUAUGAAUGAGCUUUGUUCACAUAUCUGAAUAAUGAUGAUCUGAAAUAAACGAUUGAAGACCUUC